AUGGGCAGGCAUACAAGCUCAUCACCCUGCCAGUGAGAUGACUGAAGAAAAGCUGAGUGCUUUACUUGUAUGAAUUUCUCUUCUUUCCUUUUUGACAAGCGGUACCUUCCAGCAUGCUGCCUUUAAGCCUUCAAAUGUUUUCCAUAUGUUUACAGCUGCUAAUCCUUUCCUGUCAAACCCAGGGGGAGAAUCAAUCGUCUCCUAAUUUUAACCAGUACGUGAGGGACCAGGGCGCCAUGACAGACCAGCUGAGUCGGAGGCAGAUCAGGGAGUACCAGCUGUACAGCCGGACCAGUGGGAAGCAUGUCCAGGUGAACGGCAAAAGGAUCAUUGCCACAGCUGAAGACGGCAACAAGUUCGCAAAGCUGAUUGUUGAAACAGACACCUUUGGGAGCCGAGUGCGCAUCAAAGGAGCGGAGAGUGAGACAUACAUCUGCAUGAACAAGAAAGGGAAGCUCAUUGGCAAAAUGAACGGUGAGAGCAAGGACUGCAUCUUCACCGAGAUCGUUCUGGAGAACAACUACACCGCUUUCCAGAACGCCCGCCACGAGGGCUGGUGCAUGGCCUUCACUCGCAAGGGCCGGCCCCGCAAGGCCUCCCGGAGCCGGCAGAACCAGCGCGAAGCGCACUUCAUCAAGCGCCUCUACCAGGGCCAGCUGCCGUUCCCCAACAAUCCCCAACGCCAGAAGCAGUUCGAGUUUGUAAGUUCUUCCUCCCCGACUCGCAGGACGAAGCGCACCCGCGGACCCCAGGCUCGAGCUUAA